AUGAAAGUUAUUCAUCCAACGCCAAAGCAUAAUCUUCUUAUAAAAGUUCCUAAUGGAAAGCGAAAUUCUGAACGAAACCUUGCUAGUAUUAAGCUUUCUCCAAAAUUAGAACCAAAAGUUCCAGAAUCUGCAAGAUUUAGGUACGUUAAAACACCUCUAGACAUAGGCAAUAAUAACUCACUCAAAAAAACUUUUGAAGGCCCAUGCUCGAACCAUGAAGUACUCGCUAGUUAUCGACAUUUUAUCACAGAUCGAGAAGAAUACGAAAUUGUCAAUUAUUCAAUUAUUUAUUAUAUAAGAAAGUCACCAAUUACAUGCAAAAAGUCAGAUUGCACAUCAAAUAACUUACUUCGCUUCGAAAAAGAUGAUCAUAUCGCUUAUAGAUUUCAAAUGAUAUCAAUUUUAGGCGAAGGAUCUUCAGGCUUCGUCAUAAAAUGUCACGACCAUAAACUUAAUGAGGAUGUAGCAAUCAAAGCUCUCCGAGAUACAAGAAAAACUCAUGAUCACGUUUUACUAGAAAAAGCAUAUUUAACAACCCUUCAACAGAACGGAGGACCUGACAAAUUCCAUAUCAUUCGUUACAAAGACUCUUUCAUUUUUAGAGGCUACUUCUGCAUUGUCAUGGAAUUAGCUUCGAUUAAUAUUUAUUCACUCAUUUGUAGUCAGCCUUUUAAGCGAUUACAAGCAAGCACCUACCAGAUGGUGGCAAGACAAACAGCAGAAGCACUCGAUUUUAUGCACAAAAACAAUGUAAUACAUAGUGACAUAAAACCAGAAAAUAUUUUAUUUACAAAUGUAAGAAGAACAUCGAUAAAACUCAUUGAUUUCGGAUGUUCAUGCACAGAAGGGAAUACAUUAUAUACCUACAUUCAAAGUAGGUUCUACAGGGCUCCAGAAGUCGUCUUGGAAAACGAAUAUGACUCAAAAAUUGAUAUUUGGUCUUAUGGUUGUUUGUUAUGCGAAAUGUUUACAGGAAAGCCGCUUUUUGAAGCUUUUGAUGAAGAAGAAUUGAUGUGCUUGAUGAUAUCAAUGCUUGGAAUACCUCCCAAGAGCAUCUUGAAGACUGCAAAAAGAGCAAAAUAUUAUUUUGAUGAAAAUUUUGAAUUACUCGAUACAAUGGAGAUAAACGAGACAUCUUUAAAGGAGAAAACUAAUAUAUCUGAUCCUUACUUAUUGCAGUUAAUUAGUGGAUGCUUGAGAUGGGAUCCAAAAGAAAGAUUUUCAGCUGAAGAUAUAAUUAAACAUAAUUACUUCAAGCAAUCAAAUAAUUCAUCUCAAUCAUCAACGUAUAUGAGGACAUAA